UGUACAGUAGAUGAGCAUGAAUUUUCAUAUAAAGCUGAGAGAAGGUAAUAAGCUAAAUAAUAGGAGUGAAGACAUGGAGCUUGGGAUGGAGAACGGAGCCUCUUACAAAGAACAAGAAGAAGAAGAAGAAGAAGAAGAAGAAGGGCUAGGAUGGGGAAAAUCUCUUCCUGUGCAGAGUGUUCAGGAGCUUGUAAGGAGAGAUCCAAGCUCUGUACCUGAAAGAUACAUCAGAGAUCAUGCCGAAAGGCCAAAAGAUAGAGGGGUGGUCUCUGCUAUCACACCUGAUAUCCCUGUUAUUGAUUUCUCUUUGCUUUCGGGCGGACACGAAGAUGAACGAAAAAGACUCGAUCUCGCCUGCAAAGAAUGGGGCUUCUUCCAGAUCAUAAAUCACGGAGUAGAAGAGGAUCUUCUGUGCAGAAUCAGGAAAGCGAUGGGCGGGUUCUUUAAUCUUUCAUAUGUGGAGAAGAAGAAGUAUGCAAUGGCACCAAAUGACGUGCAUGGAUAUGGUCAAAUAUUCGUGGUGUCUGAAGAGCAGAAGCUGGAUUGGAGUGACCUACUGUAUAUAAUAGUAGAACCCACAGAACAAAGACGGAUGAAAUACUGGCCAAUCAUUGUCCCCGAUUUCAAAGAUGCUGUUGAUAUGUAUUCAACCAAAAUAAAAAGGAUAGCCGAAGAGCUCCUUGGGAACAUAUCCUUGUUGAUGAACAUGAAGAGAGAUGAGCUACUGGCAAUGCAUGGAACAUGGAAACUAAGUAUGCGCAUGAACUAUUACCCACCAUGCUCUAGGCCAGAUGACGUUCUCGGCGUGAGUCCACAUUCAGAUGGAAGCUCUAUCACCAUUCUAUUGCAAGAAGAUGACAUUCCUGGCCUCCAAAUCAAGUACAAGGGUGAAUGGAUCCCUGUGAAACCCAUCCCAAAUGCCUUAGUAAUCAAUAUUGGAGAUUCCCUCGAGGCGUUGAGCAACGGGAUGUAUGAAAGCAUCGAGCAUAGGGCAUUAACAAAUAAAGAUAGUGCAAGGAUGUCACUGGCAACAUUUGUUAACCCGGACGAAAAUGCAGACAUUGGCCCAGUAGAUCAGAUGAUAGAUGAAAUUCAUCGGCCGAGAAUGUACAAAACCGUCAAGAACAUCGAUUUCCUUAGGCAUUUCUUUUCAAAAAAGCUGGAAGGGAAAACUUCAACACACGUGUUGAAGUUAGAUAACACGGAAUAAGCUGGUCCAUACAUCAAGAAUUCUGGUGUUGCAAAUAAUGAUGCAUCUUAUGCUCAAAAUAGCAACUGUUAAUUAAUUUUGUGCUGCUUCUGGUAUGUUGCUGUUUUCUGUAAUGUACUGAAUAGUGUUAUCUCAAAGUGCAGUUAGAAGUGAUGAUCCAAGUUUUAUGACA